CUCAGACUAAGCCGGUGGUCGUCAGUCAGUCCACCAUCAGAGCCGCUCAAGGGAAGACCUACACCUCGUUACCACUUCAUUUUAUCCUCUGUUUUCUCUUUAUCUUCUUCUCUAACUUUACGAAAUCUUGUGUGAAAAAUGCAAAAUGUGUUGAGAAAAUAUACAUAUCAUAAUUAAAAUGAAAACCAGGUGAUAGAACUAUUAAAAUUCAAACCCCUAGAAAAAAAUAUUAAUAAAUCGGUGUAGUGAAAAAAAAAAGAAAAAAAGAAAUCUAUUGAAACUACGAAAAAAAAAAACUGAAUUAAAGUUAUAUAAAGUGAACUCUUGUCUUAUCAUCAUGUUUUGCAAUACUUAAAAGAACCCCCCCCUCUUCCCACCCUCCCCCCUCUCUCUCUCUCCCUCUCUCUCUCCCUCCCCCCCUCAAAAAACAAAACAAGAGGUCGGUGGCGCGUACAGGAAGUUGGUGAUCUGGGACAGUAAUUGUGAUGGUGUUAUUCCGGGCGGCUAUGUUGGGUGUGAUGGGCUUGUUCCCUCUUGCCUGGUGUUUGUCCCUGGGUGGCGGACGGGCGGAUACCUCCUCCCUCCUCUCUCUGCCUCACCCCCAGGAGCUGUCCCAGGAUGACCUACAACCCUUCCUCUCACGCCAGGGGAACACCGACUCUGCUGGUGCUCCUUCGUCUGUUGCUGAUUAUACUGGGUACGACAAGAGCGAAGUUCUACGCGGGCUAGAGGACCCAACCUCCUCUUCUGCCUAUCGUCUGCAGGAGGCGUUGUCUGAAGCAGUAGCAGCAGCAGCGGCAGCAGCAGAAGGAGCAGAAGGUGUUCGUGACGGUGCAGCUGCCUUGUCUCCUACUGCUAACGAAGGAGUGACUCUGGAGGACUUAGUUCCUUAUGAUCCUGGGUACUACCUCUACCCUGCCUUUCUCAACCGUGGUGAUGAGGCCAUGACGGGGGGCAGCAGCGGCAUCAACAGCCUCAGGAAGGUCAGGAACAGCAACAGGAGCAACAGGAGCAACAGCAGCAGCGGCAUCAGCGGCAGCAACACCAGCAGCAACAGCAACACGAACAACAACAGCCCCGACACUAUCAGUAUGGCCAAGAGGACCUGGCCGAAUGGUUUCUCCCGACGAAGGGCAUCCGGGCUCUCCUUGUCGAUCGAUGCGUCCAUGAAGGUGCUGCGGGAGGCGCUCUAUAUGGAGAUCAUCCGCAAGAAGCAACGACAGCAGAUGCAGAGAGCCCAGCACAACCAAAAGUUAUUAAACAGCAUUGGCAAGCGAGACGUGACGAGGCAGCUCCAACAGGAAGGAAUCCAGGGUGUUUACCAGCGAGGCCAGAGGAAGUAAAGAUGAGGAUCAGCAGUAGUGGACAGUGGAGGUGUGUGAGUGUGUGUGUGUGUGUGCUCGGCCUCAUGAAGAGCACCAACCAGCUAACAGGGGACACAGGCAGCGAUAAUGAUGCUUUACGAUGGUCUGCUGCGAUGCCCCCUUCCCCUACGGCCCUGCUGCGAUGUCCUCCUCACGGCCCUGCUGCGAUGUCCUCCUCCACGGCCCUGCUGUGAUGUCCUCCUCCACGGCCCUGCUGCGAUGUCCUCCUCCACGGCCCUGCUGCGA